AUCAAAUAAAAUUAAAUUCGUAACUUGAAUAUAUUUCCUUCAAAUUUAAUUCGUUUUACUCGCAGAAAAAUGACUGAAUUAUUACAUAUAAAUGGAAGAUAAAGUAAAAGAAAAUUUUGAAUAAUUAGCUGAAGAACUAAAUUGUUGAAUGGAUGAAAUUUUAGGAAAUAAUAGCAUCGAAGACGUGAGAUGGCUCUGUUCGUUAUCCGAAUCCGAGCUCGAUAUGCUGAUUAGCUUGAGAAUGCUGAUAAUUCAAAGAGCAAAAAAGAUCGGUCAUGGGGGAUUUGCUUCAAAAUUUGAUCUGAAGAUGCUUCGAGCUCUCGCACUUGUUUUGAUGGAAUAUCUGAAGGGGAAUAUUAAAAAUUUAACUCAUAUACCGGGCCUGGCCAACUCUCCAAUGUUCAUGGACGGUUGUAGUUUAUUGCAAUGUAAGCUGGGCAACCUGUUGAGUGUUGAGGAGCUAAAGACGUGCAUUGGUAUCCAUGAAAAGGAAAAAACAAGCUGCUAAAAGGAACUGACCUCCGGGGCACAUUGAAUGACGGCUGAAUUGGAAACAAUCUAUAGUUGAUAUGUCACUAAAGAAAGGCGGAGUACAAUGUUAACUUUUCUAGAGGUAGUAUUGAAGCUACCCAUAUGGACAUGGCGAUGCCAAACCGAAAUCCUUAGUAUUCUUCAAAGAGGUCAUUCUAAUUCCUUUCCUUAUGGUACUUGUAUACUCGCUACAUAUUGUGGAGUUCAUACCUAUCGACAUUGCAAUGGGUUAUUACAGAGAAAAGGUUUAUAAUAUUUAUAUACACAAGUUAGAUGAGGUCGUCUUAUAUUAACAAAGUACCUGUAAUCACAAUCCUUACUUAUGCGAUAGUUUAGUUAUUGAAAUACAAAAUUAGAACAAAGCCAAUUUUUGAGAUGCAAAAUUUCCACAAGUGGAUUUAAGCAUUAAAUCCACAAAAAUGUAUAAAAUACAAUAAUAUAUGAGUUGUAUUCUAGUUGCACA